AUGAUAGAAGCCUUGGGUGAGAUUUCAAAUCUGAGUCCAGUGGGUCCAAUGAGCAGCCACCGAGAUUCGAAAGCGAAGCGGAAAUUUGACUUUUCUAGGUACUCUGUGAUAAAAACGGCAGCUGAAGAGAGUUUGAUCUUGGAUCCAUAUCUGGCUAAGGAUCCAGAUGAUAAAGAACAAGAAAAUUCUACUCUGAAGGCAGCUGCGGAGCAAACCCCUCCUCGCAGGAUUUCCGAUGAGAAGCCCAACUACUUAAGUCCAUAUGUGAGCGUCUCGCGCGGUAAAGUCAACUCUCGCUGUGAUCGUGAGAAGCGAAACAGCAUGUAUUUGCCCGGUGAGGAGUAUCCUGUUGCCAAUCGGCGGGCCCUCGAGUCGGUGCUCUACUUUCGCAUACAGCUGGAGAAUGAGAUUCGACGACUGCGAGAUAUCUGCAGCGAGUGGGAAGCCUAUAGCAGGGAGAAUGAGGCGCAUCUGGUUGAGACGGGCGGCAUAGAUAUGAUCAGUGUGGCCAUUGGACAGACAAAUUUGCUCUCUACCAAGAAAUUGAUGCAGUUCAGCGGUCUGAUUGACCGUUGCGGGGCCGAGGAGACGAAACUCGUCCAGGCAGAGGAUCUGGAAAGGUGGUGGGACAUGCUGCGACUCCAGAGUGAGAAUGUUGACAAGCGCUUUGAUAACUUGAAGCGAUGGAAAAAGAACAAUUGGCAGGACCCCGAUGCAAUUGAGGAAUCGAAAAUACCAGCCAAGCCUGUGGCCAAACCAAAGUCUAAGCUGGGCAACAAUUUAAACGCUAAGCCCAAGGUCAAGGCCAGCAGUAACUUGAUGCAAUUACUCCGCAAGGCCCAUGCUGAAAUGAAAAAGGCUAAGGCGGAUGUGGUAUCAGCGGACGAUGCCCCGCAAACUCCAUCUCGCAGCAGCACUCAGCGUGUGAUCGUAGUACGCGACCGUCGGUCCUUCUCUCCUGCUCGCACCGUCCUGCGCAUGUCUGUAGGCGAGAGCCGUUCUUCCAAUGGUGGCAACACUCUGCUCAACUCUGCUAUAUUGGCCGCAGCCGAACAAAACGCUCUUAAUCAUCCCCCCCCUCCCAAUAAGGGACGCCAGUCGAUUCUGAAAAAACCAGGGACCAGCAAGCGUGAAAGUCGUGGAGUUAUUUUCAGUACAAAGAAAAAUGUACGGCACUUCAAAUUCACCUACGAAGAAGGCACUAUUAGCGAUGAUGAGCCCUUUGGCGGGGAUAAGCUAGAGGAUUGCGAGGAGCACAUGUCGAUCGAAGCUUCAGGGGAAACACGUUCCGUAGACCAGGGCCCAGCAGAAAAUGAGCCGCAAUCCGCGUCUUAG